AUGAAGCAAGAAUACUUUGAAAAUAGAUAACAAGCACUCUGUCUUAAAUAUCAACCUACAAGUACAAAUAAUUAUCGCAAUCAAUUAUUUUGGCAACCAUAAGCAGAUAAUCUUAAUAGUACCUUAAUGUUGGCUUAAAGAAUAUUCAGAGAAUAUAAGUAAAGUAUUUAUUGGAUCUAUUGAACCCGUAGCUAAGUUUUAAGUUCGAAAAGUUUCUGCCAUUCAACAAUAAUAAUAAGAAAAAGAACCAGAAUAAAAAAAGCAAAAAACAACCAUUAUGGACACUAAAAGAUUUCAUAUGUAUAGUCACCCAAAAAAUACUAAAGUUAAACAACUAAACUCUACAGCAAACAAUUCAUUUUAUUCAAAGAAAAGCACAGAAAAAUAUUAAUAAUCUCCCAUUAAACCUAAGACUGCCAAUACAAUUUCUAGACCUAAACGAAUAUUACCUAAAUAAAUAUCAAUUUCACCAAUAGAAAGUGUCGGUCCAUUAGUUUCUGCAUAAAGUUGGUGCAUCAUUAAUGGAAAGAAUGGCCAAUUGAUGAGUGGCUACAAUCAAUAUAAAAGUAGACAAAUGGCUUCAAUCACUAAAAUCAUGACAUGUUGGUUAGCACUGAAACUCACAUAGCAAUUUUAAUUGGACCUUGAUAAUACAUACUUCACAGUGCCAGAAAAAGUAGUUCAUAGCUUAAAUAUAGGCAGAAAGGAUUGGAGGUACAACAGCUCAACUCUAAAGUGGUGAUAAACUCAGUAUUAGAGAUCUACUCUAUGGGUUAAUGUUACCAUCUGGUAAUGAUGCAGCAAUAUCCAUACAACACAAUUUCGAACUUUAUAAAGGUUGUGACUUCAUUUAACAAAUGAAUCAAAAUGCUUAAGAUAUUGGAAUGGAAUUGACAUCCUAUUCUAAUCCACAUGGUAUUAUUUAUAUAAUAUAAAGGAUUGUAUCAUGAAGCUAAUUACUCUUCUGCAUAUGAUAUUGGUAUCUUAACUUAUAAUGCCUUGUAAAAUCUACAAUUCGCAAGCAUAGUCAAGACCAAAAUAUAUUUUAGUGAAAUCGAAGAUAAAUUUGGAGAGUCUAAAGAAAUCUUUUGGGAAAACACUAAUAAAAUGUUAUACCAAGGAUUUAGGGGAGUUAAGACUGGUAUAACAAAAGAGGCAGGUCCAUGUGUUGUAGAGUAUUUUGAGGAUAACUAAAAUUCAUACAUAAUAGUACUGUUAAAUUGUAGAUCAGUAGAUCAAAGAUGGCAAGAUACAAUGAAAUUAUUAGAUUGGAUAAGAUAAUGA